AUGGAUUCAUUUUCUCAAUCUUCUAGCUUUAUAGAUCUCUUAAAUACUCAACAACAAAACACUCAACCUAGUUUAGAACCCUCUGCCUUGAAUGUCUCUUUCUUUGGUACACAAUGGGCUGAUGAUGUAAACUUGGAAGCUCACACUGUAGAAGACCGCAAAGAGAGACGGAACUGGACACCAACAGAGGACGUGGUGCUCAUCAGCGCUUGGCUGAACACUUCAAAGGAUCCGGUUGUUGGUAAUGAACAAAAAGCAAUUGCUUUUUGGAAAAUAAUUGCCGCUUAUGUAGCAGCAAGUCCAAAGCUUGCCGGUUUGCAAAAGAGAGAAGCAACUCACUGCAAACAGAGGUGGGGGAAGAUCAAUGAGGGAGUAUGCAAGUUCGUAGGCUGCUAUACUGCUGCAACAAAGGAGAAAUCAAGUGGCCAGAACGAGACUGAUGUGAUGAAAAUGGCUCAUGAGAUCUUCUUCAAUGAUUACAAGGCGAAGUUCUCCUUGGAGCAUGCAUGGUUGGAGCUUCGCCAUGAUCAGAAGUGGUGUGGAGUAUCGACUACUAAGGAUAAAGUGCAGUCUAAACGAAGGAAGCUAGAUGACCACUCAGCUCAAUCGUCAACCUCUGUGCCAGAAGAUGAUGAGCAAGCCUCACGGCCUGGUGGUGUUAAAGCAGCAAAAGCGAAGGCUAAAAGGUCUGCCAGCAAGCCGAGUUUGGAAGAGGAAGGAAAGGAGUUUCAGAGCUUUUGGGAGAUUAGGCAGCAAGACUUCGCCUUGAAAGAGAAGCUGAAUAAGCAGAAAUUGCUUGACUCCUUAAUUACCAAGACAGAGCCUCUUACUGAACUAGAAGUGGCACUGAAAAAUAAGCUUAUCAAUGACAUGUUAGCUUGA